AUGGGCCCUGCAACUGCAUUAUGGACGGAGGCGAAAAUAGAUUUCACCGUCACGCGAGAAUUUGUACUGAAGCAUGUGGACCCCAUCCUCCAUCCACGCCUGAACAGUAAGAUCGCAUUUGGUGAAGGAUUGACGGAUGACACUUAUAUCGAGUGGAUUUUACAACGAGGUCGCAGGCUCUUUUUAAUUCUGGUGGAAAUCGAGGUUCCGAGUCGUAUUUUUCGCCUUGUGGAUGAGACGUAUGAUGAUUCAGAUUUGCCCUUCGACUCGAACAAGGCAGAGCUCCUUCGGCUCUCUCCGGACCGCGAGGACCUUUUCUUGAACUGGAGGUUCGUCGAGGUCCAGAAUCGGUUUUUAGCCAGAGGUAUCGAAGCUGGACAGCAUAUCACGUACGAUGAAGAUGAAACCAUACCUGUUGAUGUUUGCAAGGAACGGCCCGCAGUUGUACUGUCCGAUAGAUUACCUGUCGAAAAGGUUUCGCUCCCUGGAAUCGAGACGAAAGAAUAUCUUCGCGUAAAGAUCGCCAUUGGCGAGGAUACAGCAUCUCACUUUCUAAGCGAGUCGGAUGUCCUAAGGGAGGUCAGGUCGUUGGAGCGCUUUUCCCACGAGCAUAUUUUGUCAAUUUUUGGCACAUAUACAGCUGAAAGCACAGUCAAUGUGCUAUUCCACCUUCCCGAAUGCAACCUACGGUCGUUUAUCAAUGACAGACAUACUUCCGCUCUCCGAAAGUUCUCAAAACUAGAGCAGAAAAGAUGGCUUGUUAACUGGCCAAAUUGUUUAGCCAGUGGACUCGCUUGGUUGCACGACCAGGGUUACGCGCAUGGAGCUAUCCGGCCAUCAAAUAUCCUGAUUGAUGCCAAAAUGCACAUAUACUUGGGCCUCUUUGAUGUUCACGACCUUCUUGUCGGCCUAAGAAAAGAGGAAUUUGCCGAAGCGUACGAAUACGCUGCACCCGAACAGUGGUCAAACCAACAUUGUGCCUGGCAGCAACCCCCCGGUGGUACCAGAAAUGCCUUAACCCGUACCGACAAUCUUGCAUUUUCUCCUCUGACGUCACAAAAGGGUCCUUACGAUACACGAGGUCGACUUACAUCCUGGGGAUCAUCCUCUGAUUUCUCGAGCGUUGGUCCAUCCAGGAAAAGGGCAUCUUAUGCCCACUCCACGUCAACUACCAGCACACAUGGAUCUAAUCAAAGCGCAACCUUCCCAUCACCACCACAAACUAUCCCUAACAAUUCCCAUUGUUACUCUGCUGAACAACUGCCUCUGGCCUCUGAUGUCUUUUCUCUGGCUGCUGUGAUUCUCGAUAUAAUAACCCAUUUAUGCAAGCGAAAGCAAUCAGCCUUCGCCCAACAUCGUGGAUGUACGAGCCGAACAAAGUCAUCGGUUCGAUCUACGAAUGAUACCUCUUUCCACCUGGACCAGAAUACACGACAGAUAUUUUCCUGGAUUGCCAUUCUUGAGAAGGACGCCGCUAAGCAGUCUGAGUCCUAUUUCCAUGCAGUCGAUCCGAUAUUAGAGGCUGUCAAGGAGAUGUUUGCCAGAGACCCAAAAUAUCGACCGCUCGCCGCUUAUGUUGCCGAUAAGUUUGCAAUGGCCAUAUUGCAAAUCGAUUUCGGCUCUACUCAACCACAUUGUCAGGUUAAACAAUCCGACGGUGUAAUUGGAAGUCUUCGUUCCUUUGAUAUGAGUGAGGAGAGCGAUUUACCGAUACCUCCUAUGCCGGCAUUCCCUGAAGAUUACAGCUGCUAUGCUGUCAACGACAAGGCAACUCAGGAUAGCAAUAAGCUUCCCAAUAUUACAUACACCGACUCAUCUGCACAACUGGGUGGCGCCGAGACUGGGUCCUAUACCGAUCUCAGCAACGGCUCUAUUUCACUUUACACAGACGACUCAAUUACCAGUUCAUCUUCUGUGUAUGGCACGCCGUUAACGAUAGCUACUCCUGCAACGCCUGCACCGCCUGCUUUACAAAAGCCCUGGAACGUGCAUAUAGUCAACAGCGGGGGUGAAUUUGACGACAAGAAUAUACACCCUGGAAAUGACUCUGCCGAAAUAAUCGACGAGAUGAUGGAAGAUAUGCACCUCCAAACUCAAAAGAGCCUUCCACCGCUCCCAGUCCCAACGUCUCAUCCUUGGUAUGUACCCAGCCGGGUAUCAUCGUUAUUCAACUCUAAGCCUAUGACUUCCCACACUUCGUCUCCACUACAACACUCUUAUCCGGACAAGCCGUUCGAAGAUUCCGGUCUGGGGAUCAAACCAACGAUACCUCCUCGCCAUCCUAAUCGCCCCCGUGCCAAUACUGGCCCAAACCAGGACCAUAUUGCUGCUCCCAGGAGUGACCCUGACGACUUCUUCAACCGCCGGAGGAGCAACAGUAGUUUCGGCAGUAACAAUGGUGGUAGCAGUGGCAACACGUCUCCUAUUGACGGGAUUUCAGGACGAUUCUCGCUGUUGACUUCCUCGCGCCCUUCCACAAGUUACGGCUCAUCAAUAUCUGGUCUUACAUUCAAGAAAAGGGCUUUCAUGAACUUUUCUCGCGGCCGACCUGGUCUUCGGACUCCCCCACCAGUUUAA